GUAGGAAUAAAGAUCCAAUGGUCAGCACAUUCAUCAUGACCCGAUUCUUUGACCCGAAUAUUACAGAAAGGUCGACGAAACCACCGCCACCACCAUAUAUGAAUUCAUCUCAGUCCAGGCCUACUAAACUUACGUUGCACUGACCAAAAACGGCCUCUUUCAAUCUCAACCUCAAUCCUACUUUCAUCUUUUGUUACCAGAGUUUUAAUUUAAAGUUUCAAUUUUUCCCUUUUAGUAGUUUCUUUGUUUCGUUAAUUUGACUUGUCAUGGCGGCAAGGGCUUGGAAAAAGUUAUAUAGAGAUUUUUACCACAGAAGGGCAUUUUCUAGUCCUAUUGCAAGUGCUAGACAUUGCUCUUCUACUGCAGAAACUGCUCCUAAAAUCCCUCAUUUUUCCAAGAAGGGGAGGUUACUGACAGGGGCAACAAUAGGGCUAGUUAUAGCUGGAGGAGCUUACGUUAGCACAGUGGAUGAAGCUACUUUCUGUGGCUGGCUAUUUUCUGCUACAAAAUUGGUGAAUCCUUUAUUUGCCCUGCUGGAUCCAGAGUUUGCUCACACAUUAGCUGUCUCAGCUGCAUCUCGUGGUUGGGUUCCAAGGGAGAAGAGACCUGAUCCAUCAAAUUUAGGGUUAGAAGUUUGGGGAAGAAAGUUCUCCAACCCAUUAGGUCUUGCUGCGGGAUUUGAUAAAAAUGCUGUGGCUGUUGAUGGAUUACUUGGUCUAGGCUUUGGCUUUGUUGAGGUUGGUUCUGUAACCCCCGUUCCACAGGAGGGCAAUCCUAAGCCUCGCAUUUUCAGAUUGUGUGAGGAAGGUUCUAUCAUCAAUCGGUGUGGCUUUAAUAGUGAAGGAAUUGUUGCUGUUGCAAAGAGGUUGGGUGUGCAACAUGGCAAAAGGAAAUUGGAUGAAACUUCAAGUACCACAUCUUCCUCUAAUGAAGAUGUAAAACAAGGAGGCAAAGCUGGCCCUGGCAUUUUGGGGGUUAAUCUUGGCAAGAAUAAGACAAGUGAAGAUGCUGCUGCAGACUAUGUUCAAGGAGUACACACAUUGUCCCAGUAUGCUGAUUACUUGGUGAUUAAUGUUUCAUCGCCCAACACCCCAGGGCUACGUAUGCUUCAGGGAAGAAAGCAAUUGAAGGACCUUGUAAAGAAGGUCCAAGCUGCUCGUGAUGAAAUGCAGUGGGGGGAAGAGGGUCCACCUCCAUUGCUUGUGAAAAUUGCACCAGACUUGUCAAAAGAAGACCUUGAAGAUAUUGCAGCAGUUGCCUUAGCCCUUCGUUUGGAUGGAUUGAUAAUAUCAAAUACAACCGUUUCAAGACCAGAGAGUACAAGUAAAAAUCCAGUAGCUGCGGAAGCUGGUGGUCUAAGUGGGAAGCCUCUCUUUGGUAUCUCUACUGAUCUAUUGAAGGAGACGUACAUUUUGACAAGGGGAAAAAUUCCUUUAAUAGGUUGUGGGGGCAUUAGCAGUGGUGAAGAUGCAUAUAACAAAAUAAGAGCUGGGGCUACCCUUGUUCAGCUAUAUACAGCAUUUGCCUACGGAGGACCUGCUCUCAUUCCCCAAAUCAAGGCUGAAUUAGCAGAGUGCUUAGAAAGGGAUGGCUUCAAGUCUGUCAUUGAAGCAGUUGGUGCAGAUUGCAGAUAACUAGGGACCUCAAAUUGAGUAUGAUUACUUACAAGACCCUUUUCAUAGCUAUAUCUGUGCCAUUGUUGAAUAAUAACCAUGGGUUCCAUGGUGCGAUUUUUUUUAUGCGGGUCUUCAUUUAUCUUUAACUGUUUACUCUUUUGUGGGUAUUUCAAAAGCUUGGACUUGUAAGAUAUGAUUUUUUGGGGGAAAUGAAUUAAAUAGGCAGUUGCUUUUCCAAGUUCACAUGAACUUUCUGGCUAUACUUCGUUGAUGUUAUUUUUACUGAUUGUUAUAUAUUUAUUUCUUCUUUUGCUAA